UCAAUGUGCCACGGGUUCGCCCGAUCCGAUCCGAUGAUCCGAUUACUCCCAGCUAAGCCACGGACCGAGCCCGCCCCGAUAGUGCUCGGUCCCUUGGGGGACACCUCCGAAGCUCAGCUGUUUCCAUUUCGCACUCUAACGCAGCUUCGCUUCCGGCGGCGAUUCGGUGGUGGAUCGUGUCGUCGAUUCUCUCUCUCGCAUCACUGGUCGGCGAACCCCGACUCGGAUUUUGCCAGAUUCUUUUCCGAAAGCAAUCACCAUGGGGACUUCAGAGUCCACGCUCUCAGGAUCGCAGAGACCGGCCGACGAAAUCACCACCGUCUCCGAGCGGCUGGAGGGCGUUGAUCCCGUCCUGGAGAAGCUCAAGUCCCUCAAGAUCGCACCUCCCAUACUCACCUCGCCGCUGUCCGAGAGUAGCUUGACCGACAUUUUGGUUAGGAAGCCGCCGUCUUCGUCAGCUCCAGGAACGGUGAAUCCGAAGGUGCUACUCGAGCUAUUCUCAAUGUACCGUGAUUGGCAGGAGGAGAAGGUCCAAAAGAUCGGCAAGAAACAGGAAGAAAUAGAGAACAAGAUAGAACUUGUGGAUGCUUUAGCUGUGAAACUUCUCCAGCGUUUUAAUCACUCUGUGUCAGCAAUGAAGACCACCUCUCAACAUUUAUCAGAAGUUCAUGCAUUGCAGGUGGAGCUUGGGGAACUUAAGGGCAGAUUGACGGAGGUUAUCAGUAACUGUGAUGCCCUAUGCAAGAGGAUCAAUUGGAAGGGUCCGGAGUCUCUUCGAUCAUCGGUGACACCAUUUGUUGCCAGGACCACCAAUUCAUACGACUCCAGUAGUUCAUUACAAAGCGUUCUUGAGAGCAGUCCGGCUUCUACGGACUCAAAAACAGGCUGACCGAUGCUUUUGUCUUAUUCUUUUUGUCGUCCCUCUUUUUUUGUCCGAGGGAAGUGUAAUUAGCCAUUCUAGAUUGAGAUCGAGUGCAUUUGGAGGAAGCCACUGUUGCUGUUGUCUAAUUCACCAACGGACUCAAUUUGGAGGAUUAGUUUUCUGAAUCAUACUCGGCGCCUCGUUGGAGCCCAUGCUAUGUAACUUUUCUUUUCCGGCCAUUUAUGCAGAAUUAGUUGAAAGAGCUUUCUUGAAAUGGUGGAGUGAUAAGAAAGUAUUGGCAGUCUGUAAGUAUUAUUUUUGACAGUUAAGAAUAGCAGUUGCUCAGGCAUAGUU